CAUGGUGUGGCCGACCGACCUUCAAAUCAACCUUCAACAUGCUCCCCUCGUGGGCCCUUUUACGCUUCUUCUCUUCUUUCUUCUUCUUCUCUGAUACUCUUUACAAUCAUGGCCGACGAAUUGACUAGACCUGACGCUAAGCGGGUGUCAUCGAGUGUCGAUCCUGCCAGCGUCAAAGCAGUGCUGUCUUCGGUGGGCGAGACCAGUCCCGUGAUGCCCGCACCAGCAGAACGUAUAGGUGCACCUUCAUCAGAACCAAAGUCGCCGACCCCAUCGUCACCUUCACACAAGUCGAUGAAUGCACAGCAGGUGAUUCCCACCUCAGUGCCCAGUCGAAAGGGUAACCGGGUGUCUUUAAGCUUUCCCAUUCAGCCAUCACCUCGAUUCGGCCAUACCAGGCUCACCCAAUCCAGCUCCGUUGCGAUCAGUCCAUCCACACCACCUGCUGAAUCUCCAGAAGAAUCUGCCGUGCUCUCGCCUACAGAGUCCGCCAAUUUUCUGACUGUCCUUGCUGCCCAGGAGAGGCGGGUACUCGAACUCAAGGAGGAGCUCAGUCGCGCCGAGACUGAGCUUGAGAAAUUCAAGAGGCAAUGGGCAGUCCACGAAGCUUCCAAGAAGCGUAGCGAGAUUCGUCACUUUGAACCCAUGCGCUCUCUCUCUGGCUCACCUGGACGACCCAGUCUCGACGGUCAAGACGACCAUGGUCGACAGAGCCGAGAGUUGGAACGAAGAAGAGCCAUGUUUCAGGCAUCUCGUCGUGGCCAAAGAAAGGUCUUUUCACCUUCACGCCAUGCAAGGACUCUCUCUUUACUGUCGACGGACCGAAAUCCCGCGGCGAAUUCUCAACCCGAAUCCGAGACGGACGACUUUAUGUAUCCCCUCAGCGGUCAACGGUCGUCCGAGUACACCGUUAAUUCCCAAACGCGUGAUCCCACGCGCGAUGCGCUGAUCAAAACCGGAAAGCAAAUGGCGGUGGAUUUUCGGGAAGGCUUCUGGACAUUUAUCGAAGACCUUCGCCAAGCCACGGUUGGCGAUGAAGGAGUUAACGGUACCAGUCAUCGUGGAUCACAACAGCUCGCACCCCCACCGCACUUGGCCAGACGACAGGGGAGUAAUGCCAGCUUGCGAAGCCAUGGCAAAAGCCCUGUUCGGCAGGCUCGGGAUGCUGAUCGGUCACGUUCGCGUUCUCGGGCAAGAGCGUCCCACGACGAUGGCCACGACACUACUCUUGUUGACGUUGGCGGCGACUUUUGGAAAGACAAUGGCGUCUAUUUUGACCGCAAAAAUUCCACGUCCCCCUUGAAGAACGAGCCCACUACGGUGCCUACGAGUGAUCCUGAAGCUGGGAGGAAAACUCCCCCCAAACCAGACGUCGACGACGGCUGGGACAAUUGGGACUCGCCAUCGCCCGCCCGCAAAAGCCGACGGAGUAGCUUUACCUCGACCUCUGAGCGUGAAACUUCUCCGCCAACAAUGGCCAGCAGUCCCAGGACAAGUACGAGGUAAAAUUCCCUGCGCCAAGAGGUAAGGAGUGUCGACUGAUUUAAAGGCCACGUAGUUCAUUUGACCUUGCCAACCGACUAUCAAGGCAGCACUCGACGCCGAGAAAGCGAGAAGAAAUUCCAUGGCCGUCCUUAGUCAGCCUUACGCCAAGUAAUCUCACGAAAACAGCGUCUACCCUG